CCGGUCCAAGCCGCCAUGGACCCUCCUGCGCUCCUCCCCCUGCUGCUCCUCCUCCUAGCCGCGGGCUCCAGCACCGCCGCGGCCGCGGGGGACGGCUGCACCGUCAACACGGGCUGCGACCUCGCGCUGGGCUCCUACCUCGUGGGCACGGACCAGAACGCCACCUACAUCGGCCAGCUCUUCGGCCUCGGCGACAACUACCGCCUGCUCCAGCCCUACAACCCCGGGCAGCCCAACCUGGACUUCAUCCGCGUCGGGGACCGCGUCAACGUCUACUUCCCCUGCCGCUGCCUCGCGCGGCCCGCCGACGCCACCGCCACCUACCUCGCCGGCUCCUUCCCGCACCAGGUCGUCACGGGGGAGACCUACACCAGCAUCGCCGCGCAGUACAACAACCUCACCACCGUCGACUGGCUCGCCGCCACCAACUCCUACCCGCCCAACCAGAUCCCCGCCAGCGGCACCGUCAACGUCACCGUCAACUGCUCCUGCGGCGACCCGGACGUGUCCCACGCCUACGGCCUCUUCCUCUCGUACCCGCUCAGGGGCGGCGAGACGCUCGCCUCCGUCGCGGCUAGCCAUGGCUUCUCGUCGCCGGGGCAGCUGGAUAUGAUCAGGAGGUAUAACCCGGGGAUGGACGGGGUCACCGGGAGCGGCAUCGUCUACAUCCCUGUCCAAGAUCCCAAUGGAAGUUACCUUCCUCUGCAAUCAUCAGGAAAAGGAGCUUCGGCAGGAGCAAUAGCAGGAGGUGUUGUGGGUGGUGUAGCUGCACUAGUCCUGGCUAUCUUGGUAUUCUUGUUUUAUAGGCGAAGAAAGGCGAAACAGGGUGCGCUGCUUCCAUCUUCUGAAGAGUCUAGUCGGCUAGCCAGUACAAUCUCCAUGCAAAAAGUGACACCAUCGGCCACGCAAGCUGAUGGAGCUUCACCAUCUGCUGGCAUUACAGUUGACAGAUCAGUGGAGUUCUCAUAUGAAGAACUUUUUAAUGCUACAGAAGGAUUUAAUUUGAUUCACAAAAUCGGACAAGGUGGUUUUGGUGCUGUCUAUUAUGCUGAGCUUAGAGGCGAGAAAGCUGCCAUAAAGAAAAUGGACAUGCAGGCUACUCAAGAGUUUCUUGCUGAGUUAAAGGUUUUGACACAUGUUCAUCAUCUGAAUCUGGUGCGCUUGAUUGGUUAUUGCACAGAGGGUUCUCUGUUUCUUGUCUAUGAGUUUAUCGAGAAUGGCAACUUAAGCCAGCAUUUGCGUGGAACUGGUUAUGAGCCUCUUUCUUGGACUGAAAGAGUUCAGAUUGCACUAGAUUCAGCUAGAGGUCUUGAGUACAUUCAUGAGCAUACUGUUCCAGUCUACAUACAUCGGGAUAUCAAAUCCGCAAACAUCUUGAUAGACAAGAACACACGUGCAAAGGUUGCAGAUUUUGGUCUCACAAAACUUACUGAAGUUGGUGGUACAUCAUUGCAAACACGUGUUGUUGGUACAUUCGGUUACAUGCCUCCAGAAUAUGCUCGAUACGGUGAUGUUUCUCCCAAGGUUGAUGUCUAUGCCUUUGGUGUUGUCCUGUACGAACUUAUUUCUGCGAAAGAUGCCAUUGUCAGAUCAGCUGAAUCUGCUACUGAUUCAAAGGGAUUAGUUUAUCUGUUUGAGGAGGCUCUCAACUCACCGGAUCCAAAGGAAGGCCUCCGGAAGUUGGUCGAUCCAAAGCUGGGAGACGAUUACUCCAUCGACAACAUUCUCAAGAUGACACACCUCGCGAACGCGUGCACACAGGAGGACCCCAAGCUGAGGCCCACGAUGAGAUCCGUGGUCGUCGCGCUGAUGACGCUGUCUUCCACCAGCGAGUUCUGGGACAUGAACGCCCUCUACGAAAACCCGGGCUUGGUCAACCUCAUGUCCGGGAGAUGACCUCCUUUAGCCAGAUGCCUCUCCCCUGGCAUUGUACAUCGGGGCGCAUUUCAGUUCUACCACGUACAGUCUAAUGCUGGACGAUAAGGCUGUCGCAAUUAUUUCUGCCAUCUACAUGUACCAUCGGUAUAGAUUCAUUUACUCUCUCGGAGACCUUAGAACUAGUGUCCGUGUGAGUUAUACGUCUGUUGUACGUAAGUGUAAUAUAUGUAUGAGUUUAUUUUUCAA